AUGACAUCUGCCCCGAAACGAGUGGCCAGAUGUCAUCAACUCGAAAAAAUUCAGGUCUACAAGGGCCUAGACAUAGUAACGAAUAAGGUCAGCAAUGAGGAAUGCCGCGGUGUGCCACACCACUUGGUCGGAAUCAUUGGUCCCGAGGUGGAUUUCUUUGUAUAUGAUUUUGUGCAUCAUGCAUUGCUGGCUACUGAUGCCAUCGUACGAAAGAAUUGGUUGACAAUCAUUGUUGGAGGGUCCAAUUCCUUUAUACAGGCACUUGUUAAUGACAACACUGAGUUUCCUUCCAAGUACGAGUGUUGCUUUCUCUGGAUGGACAUGGCGAUCUUGGUCCUGCAUUCAUACGUGUCGAAUAGGGUUGAUCAGAUGAUGGAUAGCGGGUUGGUUGAGGAGGGUAAGGCAUUUUUUGACCCAAAAAUACGUGACUAUGAUUAUGAGAUUAGGUGUGCCAUAGGGGUCCCCGAGAUGGAUGAGUUCUUCAGGAGUGAGGGUCUUGUCGACGGUGAAACUAGGGCUAAACUUCUUAAGGCAGCUAUUGAUGAAAUUAAGAUGACAGUUGCAAAUUAG